AUGGCCUUGCCGGCGGUGAAGCUGGCUCUCCUCCUCCCGCUCCUCUCCCUCUUCCUCUGCCUCUCCCUCGCCCUCCCAGUGGGCAAAAAGCCCCUCGCUUGGUUGCCCGGCCCCUUCUCCCCGCUCGACUCCCCGGAAUUCGGUCUUUGUGGCGACGCCACAAAGAUAGCCCUCGGCCACUGGUAG